AAUUAGAUGUUUUGUUACAUCAAAAGUUACAUCAUACAAAAAGGGGUCCAAGAAAAAUGUUUUGAAUGACACAAAACAUAACCUUAAUUUUAUUUUAAACUUCAUUCUUAAUUUAAAUUCAACAAAAAAAAUUCCAUUACUCUUUAUCUGUAAUUUAAAACACGCAUUAGAUAAGUUACUAAAAGAAAUCAAAACUAAAGAUAAACUUGUUUCUUAAUAAAUAUCUAAAUGAAUCAUUUUGACAAUUUAAUUUAACUUAUAACAUGGCCACGGUUCUAUUUAUUAAUAAAAUUGCCCAUCAACGUUUAAGUCUUCAACUGAAACUCUUAAAUUAUCGAUCCUUUACUAAUUAUUCAAGAAAUUCCCAAUUUUUAUUAAAAAAUACCCCCUCAGUUCAACAUUUACAAACGUCAUGCGUUACUACGACGAAAGAACCAGAUAAGGGACAAAAAGCAGGAAAUACUAUAGUUCUUUCCAAAGCAUUUUCAAAGCUUAAAGCUUUUUCACCCAGCCCUAAAAAACAGCCUGUAAGAGGAUGUUUUCACCCAGGUGUUUCAACACUUUCCAGGGAUACGAUUCAAUUAGAUGGAAAGGGGCAAGUUUCAGGGAAGCAAAUGGUCAAAGCAAUGCUUCAAUAUAUUUGGCCAGCUGAUGAUAAAGCAAUAAGACAAAGGGUUACUGUAGCGUUGAGUUUAUUAAUAAGUGCAAAGGUUAUGAAUGUAGCUGUACCUUUUAUAUUUAAGUAUUCGGUAGAUUAUUUGAAUGCAGGGCAAGCACUUAAUAUGAAUUCUGCUCCGGAAACUAUUACUACAGUAGCCGCAUCUCUUUUAUUAGGGUACGGAAUAGCAAGAGCUGGUGCAGCAGGUUUUAAUGAAUUACGAAAUGCAGUCUUUGCAAAAGUGGCUCAACGAUCUAUACGAAAAAUUGCGAAAAACGUUUUUGUACAUUUACAUAAUCUUGACUUGGGAUUCCAUUUAAGUCGACAAACAGGUGCUUUAUCAAAGACAAUUGAUCGUGGCUCUCGGGGAAUAAACUUUGUGCUAUCAGCUAUGGUUUUUAACAUUGUUCCAACAGUUUUCGAACUCGCCCUUGUUUCUAGUAUUUUAGGCAUAAAAUGUGGAUUAGCUUUCGCAGGAAUUUCAAUGGGUUGUGUUGGAGUUUAUAGCGCUUACACUUUAGCAGUCACACAAUGGCGCACAAAAUUUAGGGUUUAUAUGAAUAAAGCUGAAAAUGAAGCUGGGAAUAAAGCAAUUGAUUCCUUAAUUAAUUAUGAAACUGUUAAGUAUUUUAAUAAUGAACAAUUUGAAGCUGAUCGCUAUGAUAGUGUUUUAAAGAAGUAUGAAGAUGCUAGUUUGAAAACUAGUACCAGUUUGGCGGCACUUAAUUUUGGGCAAAAUGCUAUCUUUAGUGCUGCAUUAAGUGGGAUUAUGAUUUUAGCUGCCAAUGAGAUUGUAAAAGGGAAUAUGACUGUUGGUGAUUUAGUCAUGGUAAAUGGGCUUCUUUUUCAAUUAUCAAUUCCUUUGGGUUUCUUAGGAAGUGUUUAUAGAGAAGUGAGGCAAGCCUUAAUCGAUAUGCAAACUAUGUUUACCCUUAUGACAAUGGAAACAGCUAUUAAAAGCAAAGAAUUCGCACCUUAUUUAUACGUUGACUCAAAAUUAGCUUCAAUAACAUUCGAUAAUGUUUCCUUCGAAUAUGGACCAGGGAAACAAAUUUUAAAAGACUUAUCUUUUACAAUUCCAGCAGGAAGAAAAGUUGCUAUAGUUGGUGGAUCUGGUUCAGGAAAAUCAACUUUAGUAAGACUUCUUUAUCGUUUUUACGAACCAACAAAUGGUCGAAUAUUAAUCGGAGAUCACGAUAUUCGCGAAGUUGAUUUGGAAAGUCUGCGAAAAGCGAUAGCCAUCGUUCCGCAAGAUUCCGUUCUAUUCCACGAUACGAUCCUUCACAAUUUACAUUACGGCGAUUUAAAAGCGACCAAUGAUGAAGUUAUAAAAGCAUCUAAAAUGGCUGAACUUCACGAAAGUAUUACAAAGUGGCCACAAGGAUACCAAACGCAAGUUGGAGAAAGAGGUUUGAAAUUAUCGGGAGGAGAAAAACAAAGGGUUGCUAUUGCAAGAGCUAUUUUAAAAAAUACACCUAUUUUGAUUUUUGAUGAAGCUACAAGUUCUUUGGAUUCAAUAACUGAACAGAAUAUAUUAAAAGCGUUGAGACGUGCAACUGAGGGAAAAACGAGUAUUUGUAUUGCACAUCGUUUAAGUACUGUUAUGGAUGCGGAUGAAAUCCUUGUUUUAAAAGAUGGUAAAAUUUCCGAACAAGGUACACAUUAUAAUUUGGUAACAGAUCGAGGGACACUUUAUAGUCAGUUAUGGGAUGCUCAAAAUCAUAUGAAAGCUUAAAUUAUUUUAUUAGGAAAUUUGGUUUAGAUAAUUUUGUUAUAUUUUA